CUUCCACAUCUAGAGUUGACGUGUAGCCCAGCCCCAGCCCUCCGGGGUGCAAUGGGGGGAGCAAAGAAGGAGUAUGGAAUGGGCUAUGGAUCAGGUCUGCAUGGCGUGAGGGAGGUGAAUUUUUGUUCCCUACGGUUCAACCCAGUUGUUUCUUCAUUCGCUGUUCUAUGCUUGUGGGGCUUUGUUCUCUACGCUGUCUUGGAUCCAGAAUCUAGCUCUGUCUUUGGUGAGUGGAAGAGCUGGGUGGGUGACAACCACGUUCACGUGGCUUUAUAUUGUUUCACAGGAGCUUUCUGAAUGUGAUUACUCGUUUGAUUUCGAUAUUUUGCAGUCGGGCUCCUCGAGAUUUGCUUCCCUGAACCAACAGGACUACUGGCUCGUAUAUCUCUUACCUCUCAUCUACUACUACGGCGAUAUUAAGCUUGGAGAGGACGAUCAUGUGGAGAGAUGUUGUGCUACUAGGAGCAGAGUCGUUCCUAGCUUGUGCACAAUUGUCCCUGUUUGCCUGAACAGGAUGACGAGGAGCCGGAGUAUGGGGACUUGGCAUAUUUGGCAAUGGUUUGGUGCGCUGGAGUCGCGAUUGGCCUGAUUUUCUAUGGAGCAUCGGAGCCCUUGUUUCAUGCUUUGGAUGGAACCAAUCGCCGCAACAAUGAUGGCUAUUCCAAUGACAAUGAGACGACCAUGUAUGGUUUUCACAUUACAAUGUUUCAUUGGGGCUUUUUGGCCUGGAUCGUCUACAGCUUGGUGACUCUGACAAUGGGUAUCCUUUCCUACAGGCAAGGAUUGCCCCUUUGCUUCCGCAGCACACUGGCUCCAAUCCUGGGAAAGGCAACUUGGGGUUGGAUAGGUGAUUUGCUGGAUGUUGUAACGAUCGUUACCAUCGUGGCUGGAUUGACUACUUCCCUUGGUUUGGGCACUCGACAGAUUGUUGGUGAAGAGUUGACUGAUGAUCAGCUGACCGCUGCAGCUGCCUGGAUAAUUGGAAUCAUUACUGUUUGCACCACGGCAUCUGUGGUUGCAGGUCUGGAGCUUGGGAUCAAGUCAGUUUCAUAUGCUGCGUUUAUGCUUGGACAUUUUCUUCUAUUGUCGACAUUUUGCCUCGACGAGACCCAGUACCUUUUGAAUGUGAUGGUAAGCUCGUUUGGAUUUCAUCUCCAGAAUUUGAUUUCAAUAUCCUUUGACACAGAUGCCUUUGCUCAGUUGGGUGUUGGAAAUGGGCAGCCGAAUGACGGAAAGGGCGCAAAUCCUGCCUGGAUGGAUUCGUGGACCAUCUUCUACUGGGGUUGGUGGAUUGCUUGGGCACCCUUUGUGGGAACCUUCAUGGCCCGUGUCUCCCGUGGUCGCACGAUCCGUCAGGUUGUUCUGUACACUUUGACGAUUCCCACCGGCUAUGCUUUUAUGUGGCUUUGCACCUUCGGGGCAGCUGCCAUUCGCAUGGACCGACGUGCAACAUGGUUGGCUGAACUUGGAAGCGAGCUUCACAGCAACAGGGACUACUUCUUGCACACUGACCUCACCUUCCGUCCGGCGAGUGCCGGCAAAUGCUACGAUGUACCUUCAAGUCUUCCGAACAUCACAGGAUAUGAAGUGAACCCACAUGUGAGCCCUGUCUCUGCAACUUUGCAAGUGCUGAUGCAGCUGGCUACUGGUUUGACCUCAUGAACCAGUACUACCACAUGGGAAACUUCAUGGACUUUGUGUCUAUAUUGACAACAGGACUGUACUUCAUAACAUCCUCUGACAGCGGCUCUUUGGUUGUCGACUUGAUCGCCGCAAAUGGUCGAGAGGCCCAUGUAAGCCAGCGCAUUUUCUGGGCCCUGACAGAAGGGGCUGUUGGAAUUGCGUGCCUGGUUUCUGGAGGAUUCGAUUCAUUGACAGCGCUCCAAGCUGUCUCCAUUGUGAUGGGCUUGCCUUUCACAUUCAUCCUCAUGGUCAUGUGCACGGCAUUGUGGCGUGCACUCAAGCUUGAAGCGGGAGACAUGCCACCAAUCAACCGGCGAACAGAUUGGGCUUUGCCUUUGUACGGUGGGGUCGUUGAUUUCCCGGAGUUUCUUCUGACCUGUGGACGAUGUCCUAUGCCCUCCAAGAAAAGCAUUUGUGCUUUCUUCACUGCCCUACUCUUUCCGGGGUAUGCUCUCUUCAAGGCACUGAACGGUCUAGCAUCCCAUGAGCAGAAACCAAUGCCCAUGGUGGUGAGAAUGAUCUUGGCCAAGAUGACCCAGCUGCUCUUUACCGCUUUCGUUGCCCUCCACAUUGCUGCCGCUGUGUAUGAGGGAGAGCAGCUGCGCAUCGAGGGACGUGGACUGUGGUCUUUCGGUUGGAUUUGCUACAUUUCCAUGGCUGGAUUUGUGGCUUUGGGCCGCCAUCAGAUUCGACGUCUCUACUCCAUUGAAGGCUCUGGCAUGGAGGAUUUCUGGGCUGCCCUGCUGCUCUACCCACAAGCCCUUGCCCAGAUCAUGUUGCAGAUUGAACAGGCGCCGGUUCCUCAAGACUACAAGAAGCCUGUCACAGCACAAACCGUGCAAGGGGUAUUGCCCUAGGGACUCACCGAAUUCGUUCGGCAAGGUUUUGGCCAGUGGUGGAGUUGAUUUCCGCAGGCAUUUCGUGGACAAGGUGUCGAUUUGGAAUGAGCACUCCGUGUUUGGCCAGCCAGCAACUGUGUGAGGAAGCAAUUGUUGUUCAGUUAUCGACCGGCGCUUGAAAUGACGAUUUGCUAUUCAGAUGCUGUUUGGUCGCAUCACCCUGCUCACGACGAGAAUUGAACUGAUAGAUGUGAGGAAUGAGAUUGCUGCAUGCUUGAGGCACAUAUACGUUGUGCCCUGCUGCGCUGUUACAUGGUGUACUGCGGCGCACAGAAUACGCAGUCUGGCUGAUCAUUGGUUGCCAAGCAAUCGGCAUUUCUUCAAGAUGACUGGGAGUUCUUGGGCACGGACCAACAAGCAUGUGAUAUUGUACAAUUUGUCCGAGUGGUUCUGUGAUCUUGAUUGAAGCACGUGACAUUCACCUUGCG